CACAAGAAUGAGCCGGUAACGACUCAUGCGUCCUCCUAAUCGCGUGCUUCCGGUGAACAAUUCAUCACGAUCAAUUUGCCGCUGACUCGCCGCCCUUCACAAAAACAUCCCGUGCGUUGUGCGGGCGGGUGUCCCAGGGUGACGGCCGUGAUAAUAACGCAUCUCAUCCCGGGGGAACCGAACAAUGGCGUUACCUUAGCGUCCAACGUCGCGAGGUGACGUUCAACCCAAACAUACCGGCACAUCUCUAGUCAACACUAGACCCAGAUUCCGGACACACCGCAUACAGGGACAGAGCUUAGUUCGCGACUCAGGAAAAACCGUACCGCGUAUCGCUGCUGUAUUUCUACUUGCUGCUAUCAUAACGGUUUCAACUGCCGGAUUUUGAACUAUGUCGUCGACCAAUAGGAGGCUUUAUCACACUCCUCCACCUUUCGUACCAAAGCUCAAAAAGAAGAAGCUCACGGUCCCCAAGGACCCCUUCUCCCGCAACCGCGGACGACUCUGGGAGGACAGGAAGGAUGACAUAGACUACAAGUCCCGUUACGUCUCGCCUGACAGGAAGAAAAAGAGGCCGUGUCAGUGUAAGAAGUGCGUCCUCAAGAGACAAAAUGCCGUCACCUUCCCGAGGGAGGAUAAGGAUGAUGAUGAGCACUCCGGGGACGAGAGGGAGUACGAGAGCGGUAGCGACGAUAGCCACAACGAUUCCGGCGAAGACGGGGGAGACUCCGACAAAGACGGCAGGGAUGACGGAUCUGCUAGUGACCACCAAGACGAGGAGCCCCAGGCCGAUGUUCGCCAUGGCGUUCCGGUGGUCGCCAGGAGGUCCAGUUUGGUCCCCACGGCAGUCAGGUCAAGUACGUAUCCGGACACUGACCCGGGUCUGUCCGAUCCAUAUUGCCUGCGAGUUCCCUCACCGAGCAAGCCGAUUGGUUCCGAAGUUAGCGAGACGUCGGCCUUGUUGUCAUGGCAACCGCCUACAAAAAGACUGGACGAAAUCGUGGGCUACAAACUUGAGGUUCGCCAGCAGCACCAGUCCGAGUGGACCUCCUCUAAGAACGUCUGCACGGAGACGUCCUGCCGGAUCGCCGGCCUCACUCCGGACACCAUCUACCGCUUCCGCGCACGCGCAGUCACCGACACGGACGAGAGCGAACCCAGCUACCAGUCAGACCCCAUACGGACCCUCAAGAGUAGACGAGAUCCUCCCGGCAAACCUAUCGCGACUGACGUCACCGAGACCACCGCCCGGCUGACCUGGCCCAAGCCGCACGACAAGUCCAGGGUGGACCGCUACAUCGUGGAAUCGCGGAAGGACAGGGAGUCCAACCAGUCCAACUGGACGGAGGUGCUGAAGGACAGCGACACGAGCUGUGAGAUCAGGGACCUACAACCGGAUACGCCUUAUCGCUUCCGGGUCAGAGCGUGUGCCGGGUCAGACAUCAGCCAACCAGGAGAGAUGUCCGAAAUCGUUCGGACGAAGAAGGAGCCUCUGUACCCCCCGGGACGACCGUUGGCCACUGACGUCACGGACAGGGACGUGACAUUGACGUGGUCGCCGCCGGACGGAGGGCGGAAACCCUUGGAAUAUGCCGUGGAGCACCGCCGAGAGGGCAGAGACGAGUGGACGUCAUGCAUUGAGACGUUCAAGGAUACCAGAUGCCAGUUGAGCGGUUUAGAUCCAGAGACUCCAUACCGGUUCCGCGUGCGAUCUCUAGCCGGAGAUGACGUCAGCAUGCCUAGCGACCCCUCCGACGUCGUUCGUACGGACAGACAGAAAGUGGUGAUCCCCACGCCUGGAAAGCCGAAGGUCUCCGAUGUGAAGGACACGGAGGCCACCCUGUCCUGGGACACGCCGAAGGGCCGGACCAAGCCUGAUGAGUACCGGGUGGAGGUGUGGGAGGCGGGAGACGAGAAGUGGGCUCCCCACAGCACCGUCAAGAAACCGCCUUUCACUGUGGACGGUCUUAAACCGGAUACUGACCACUACUUCCGGGUCAUCCCGGUCAAGGGGGAGGACGUGGGUGACCCCAGUGAGUACGUUGGCCCAAUUCGAACGGAGAAGAUGAAACCCCCACGUCCCGGCAAGCCCAAGCCCAGCGACGUGGAUGAGUCAAGCAUCAACCUGUCAUGGCCGCCUCCGGAAAAGUCUGAAGACGUCGACGAGUACAUCUUAGAGAUGCGAGAAGACAAGCGGUCUGAGUGGAAGACGGACGUGGUGAAGACCCGGGACACGCACUGCGAGGUGCCGGGCCUCGUGGCGGACACGCCGUACCGCUUCCGUGUGCGCGGCGUGAAGGACGACGUGCUGGGGGACCCGAGCAGUGUGUCCGACCCCAUCUACACAAGGAGACCUAAAGUUCCGACACCGGGAAAACCACAGGCCUCUAAGAUCACAGACGACAGCCUAUCACUUGUCUGGCCGAUGCCGCUAGGACAACCGAAGCUCGCCCUCACCGGAUAUGACGUAGAAUGUCGCCGUGACGAUUCUGAUGACUGGAAAUACAAGACGUCUUGCAAGGAGCCUCCUGUGAAGAUCGAGGAUCUUGAUUCCGCCACUGCCUACAGAUUCAGGGCUCGCGCGAAAACCAAGUAUGAGAAGGGCGACUUCGGCGAAGAGUCAGAUCGCGUCCUCACUGAUCGCGGCUCGCAAUCGCCCAUGAAGGCCAUCAACAUCAACCCAGACUCCCUGCAGGACGACGGACCGACCAUCCUGCCGCCAGGGAAGCCCGCGGCGUACGACGUCGGCGACAGGGACGCCAAGAUCAGCUGGCCGGCCUUGCCGGACGGCAGCGACACCAGGGACGACAACCUGAUAGGCUACGACGUAGAGAUGCAAGAGGAAGGGGAGAGCGAUUGGAAGGACGUCAUAAAGGGGACCAAGUCCAACAAGUGCUACGUUCGUGACCUGAAACGGGAAUCACGGUACUACUUCCGGGUCAAGGCGAACACCAUUCUUGGGGAGAGCGACUAUGGAGAGACAUCGGAUGUGGUCAUCACCACAGGAAACCAAGAGCGAGAGGAUGACUCCAUUCCGCCGCCCGGAAAACCCGAGUUCUGGGACGUCGAAGAGACAGAAGCCAAACUAAAAUGGCCGGCACUGGCGGACGGAAGUGACUGGAGGAACGACGGCAUCACCGGAUAUGACGUAGAGAUGAAGAAGGAUGACGACGACGACUGGGUCUCGGCGGCCAAGGGCGUGAACAAGACGAAGUGUCAGGUCGUUGGGCUGAAUCCUGCCACCCGCUAUUUCUUCCGCGUGCGUGCUCUGAAGGGGAAAAGAGAAAGCGAGCCUGGAGACGUGGAGGUUGUCGUAACUCAAGGAAAGAAAGGUAUUCCACCUCCGGGGAAGCCAGUAGCAUGGGACGUACAAGAGGAGCAGUGCAAACUACAGUGGCCCGUUUUCAUCGACGGCGGGGACGAGAGGAACGACACGACCGGAUAUGACGUAGAGAUGAGAAAAGAGGAGGAAGACGAUUGGGUCUCUACUGCAAAGGGCGUGAAGAGGAACAAGUGCCUCGUUCUGGGAUUACAUCCGGGUAACCGCUACUACUUCCGCGCGCAAGCCAUCACGGAACUUGGGGAAAGCGAGCCCGGGCCACCUUCUGACGCCGUCAUCACUCCAGGAAAGAGAGGGAGGGAUGUCCCGCCACCUGGCAAGCCUGGCGCUUGGGACACCGAGGAGACCCAAACCAAACUGUGGUGGCCAGCCUUGGCCAACGGAAGUGACACCAGGGAUGACGACAUCACCGGAUAUGACGUCGAGAUGAGGGAAGACGGGGAGGACGAGUGGCAAUCCGCUGCCAAAGGGGUGAAGAAGACAAAGUGUCGAGUGGUGGGGCUGAAGCCGGGCACGAAGUACUUCUUCAGGGUGCGGGCUGAGACGGACGACAACGAAAGCGAGCCAGGAGAAGACUCAGACGUGGUCAUCACCAAAUCACAGAAACCCGCACCACCAGGUAAACCUGAAGCGUGGGACGUCGAAGAGGAGGAGACAAAACUCCGCUGGCCCGCCCUGCCGGACGGAAGUGACACCAGAGAUGACGGCGUCACCAAAUAUGACGUCGAGAUGACAGAAGACGGAAAAGACGACUGGAAGACCGUGGUUACCUCCGUCAACGACAACAAGUGCAAGCUGAUUGGUUUAUCCGGCGGAACCAACUAUCGCUUCCGGGUCACAGCCAUUGGGAAAGAGAUGAACAGUGACCCAAGCGAGAUGUCGGACCUCGUGGAGACGCCAAUCAUCAAGAAGUCCAUCACACCUCCGGGAAAACCCGAGGCCUAUGAUACUGAGGAGACCGAGACCAAGCUGAGCUGGCCAGCCCUGGAGGAUGGCAGCAAGUACCGCGACGACAACGUCACCCGGUACGAGGUGGAGAUGAGAGAGGACGGCAAGGAAGAGUGGCACGAUGCCGCUAAAGGGGUGGACGAUACCAAGUGCAAGAUAACGGGACUGCAGCCUGCGACCAAGUACUACUUCCGGGUCAGGGCUGGCACGGAUGAGGGAGAGGAGAGCGAACCGGGGAAGGAGUCUGACGUCGUAGAAACUCCCGCCACUAGAAAGUCCAUCGACCCACCCGGCAAGCCGGUAGCCUGGGACGUGGAGACGACGGAGACCAAGCUGAAGUGGCCGGUCCUGCCCGACGGCAGCUACCGGCGGGACGACGGUAUCACGGAGUACGAGGUGGAGCUGCGGGAGGAGGACGAGCCGGACGGGUGGCGGGACGCGGCCAAGGGUGUGAAGGGGUACAAGUGUAAGAUCAAGGGGCUGAACCCGGGGACGCGCUACCGCUUCCGCGCACGCGCCGUCUCUGACAUCGGCCAGAGCGAACCAGGAGAGGAGUCGGACAUCGUGGAGACCCGCGGCGAGAUGAUAGACCCACCCGGCAAGCCAGAGGCCUACGAUGUCCAGACAAACGAGAUGAAGCUCUGGUGGCACGCGCACGAGAACGGAAGGGACGACAGAGUCGACGGCGUCACUGGAUAUGACGUCGAGAUGAGGCAGGAGGGAUCCGACCAAUGGCUGUGCGUGGCCAAGAACGUGGAUGACACCAAGUGUAAGCUGAAGGGCAUGGCUGGGCCGGAUAAAAAGUUGUGGUUCCGGGUCAAGGCGUUGAAAAAUGACCUCGCCAGUGAACCUGGAGAGGAAUCAGACGUCGUCACUAUACCAGAUGGCAUUCCUCCAACCGGGAAACCAGAAGCAUGGGACGUGGAAGAAACCCAGACGAAACUCCGCUGGCCCGCCCUGGCUGACGGAAGUGACGUCAGGUACGACAACAUCACCGGAUAUGACGUCGAGAUGAGAGAAGAGGGAAGCUCAAAGUGGAACGAGGCGGCCAAGGGCGUGAAGAGGAACAAGUGUAAGGUGAUAGGUCUGGAGCCCGGGAGACACUACUACUUCCGGGUGCAGGCCAUGAGAGGGGACGAGGAGAGCGAGCACAGCGAGCCGUCCAACGUCGUCAUCACUCCCGGACAACGGACAGAAACUGAAGACAAGCCUGUGCCGCAAGUGAUAAUCACUACCCUGGACAACGAUGUCCUGGUCGGCGGAGCAUCGGACGAACCGCCUGUCAAUCAAAACAUCGAACCUCCCGGCAUGCCGUUCGCCUGGGAUGUCGAGGCCGUCACCCUCAAGUUGCGCUGGACACCUCUUUGGAACUGCACCGAGGACAGGUACGACCAGAUCAACGGUUACGAAAUCGAGAAGCAGGAAGCUGGCAGCGAGGAAUGGGUACUGUCGGCGUCUAGGUGUGUGAAAUCGAAAUGCAGGCUUCGCGGGCUGAAACCAGGGACGCAGUAUCGCUUCCGGGUCAUAGCUGUGAAGGAUGACAGGAAAAGCAAACCUGGGAGACCAUCUGAAGUCAUCACCACACCGCCGCUAGUCCCUCCACCCGGUAAACCUGAGUCGUGGGACGUCACAACCACCGAAGCUAAGCUGCAAUGGUCUGCCUUGGCCGACGACACGACUAACACUCGGGACGACGGUCUGACCGGAUAUGACGUAGAGAUGAAGGAAGAGAGCUGGAGUGAAUGGCAGCCCGCCGCCAACGGCGUCAAGAAGAACAAGUGCAAGAUCGUCGGGCUGCAGCCAGCGUCCAAUUACUACUUCCGGGUCAGGGCGAACACGACUUCCGGAGUAAGUGACUUCGGAGAAGAGUCGGAUGUUGUGGCCACCACAGAGAGAGGGUUCCCCACAGACAACGGUGUCACACUAACUCCGGUUAAGGAAAUCAGAGAUGGAGAAGUCGACAACAUUCCGCCAACCGGGAAGCCCGAAGCUUGGGACACAGAGGAGACCCAGACCAAGCUGCGCUGGCCGGCCCUCGCCGACGGAAGUGACACCAGAAAUGACGGCAUCACCGGAUAUGACGUCGAGAUGAGGGAGGACGGCAGCUACCAAUGGCAUUCCGCGGCCAAGGGCAUCAAGAAGCCGAAGUGCCGGGUGGUGGGGCUGGAGCCGGGGAGACGGUACUACUUCAGGAUCCAGGCCAUGAAGGGGGCCGCGGAGAGCGCGCACUCUGAGGUGUCUGACGUCGUCAUCACUCCGGGAACGAGAACAGAUGUUCAGACACCAGUGGAAGAUAUCGUUCGUCCCCCUGGGAAGCCAUCUGCCUACGACGUCGACGAAAGAGAGACAAAACUCCGCUGGCCCGCCUUGGCCGACGGAAGUGACAGCAGGUAUGACGACAUCACCGGAUAUGACGUCGAGAUCCUAGAGGACGGCACCCACCAAUGGAAGUCACAAGCAAAGGGCGUGAAAGGUACCAAGUGCCGGGUCAUCGGACUGGAGCCGGGGACCCUGUACUACUUCAGAGUGCAGGCGAUGAAAGGACCGAAGGAAAGCGAACCGUCAGAGGUGUCCGACGCCGUGCGCACGCUGGGGCGUAAGAGAAGAGACUCAGACGACUUAGAGACAUUUGCUGGAGGAGACAGGACCGGGAACCCCCCAAGAAUUCAAGAUGAAGAAAGAAACGGCCAACUUACCAUAGGAACGAUCGCGAUGAUGUCACUGUGGCCUACUGCCAGGCAGGAAGCAGAUUCCCUCCCGUUGCCCGGGCAACCCGAGGCCUUCAACGUGAGUGAGACGGAGACCGAGCUGCAGUGGCCGCCUCUCGCCAGAAGCUCCCCUGUCCAACACGACCCCAUCGACGGGUACUUUGUGGAGGUGCGCAAGUCUGGAGAGCAGCAGUGGAGGGCCUCGACGAGACCUUGCAAACUGACCAAGUGCAAGGUCAAGGGCUUGCUUCCGGACACGGCCUACUACUUCCGGGUCAAAUCCGCCCGAGGGUCGAGUGAGAGCGGCGCGAGCGAGACGUCUCAUGCCGUGGUCACACCUCGUGCGACAGACGACAACUGGAAGGAGAGGUUGCGACAGACCCUGGCCAGCGCGGCCGCCCAGCACACCGAGCCCUGCCCGUUCUGUAACCUCCCCAAGACGGACUCGGAGGACGGCAGGCCACAAGCGGUGGUGCGACCGAUUCAAAAUGGCGGAGCAGAUUUGGUGGACGAUGACGUCAUCAUCUGCGUGUGUGACUGCGACUCCAUAUCGGUGACGUCAUCUUCCCGGGGCAGCAGCCGGCGCGGCAGCGAGGACUCUAAACUUUGUGUUGUCAUGUAAUGAUGUGACGUCACGUUGCCUUAUAUGGGGCGACCUAGGCUGUAGGGCAUUCAUCACUUGCAACGUCUGACAAGGGCAGAUCCAAGACAAAUUAACGUCCGUGCCGUGAGAAAAAAAUGUAAAGCUCAAAGACAAUAAAGUAUAGUGAAUCCUGACACUAUAGUAGGAUUGCCGAAAAGGUAAAUGAUCGUGUAUAUUUUGAAAACGGUGUCUCGAGGGAAAUGAUUUCUAAAAUAAUACAAAGUUAAUGAGCAUCUAGAAAUCGGGUGUUUCUGAAAAGGUGUAUAGUUAAUAUAUGUAUGUGUAACAAAUAGCUCGAUGUUGUUAUUUAUUCAGAUCUUGUAUCUAUCAAAAUACUAGUAGUACAGACAUUAAUAGUUGUUUUGUCUAAGAUGUCUUGAUUUACCACAUUUGAAGAUUACAUACAUGAGAGUGUGUUCGCAUGCAUGUAAACUCAGCACAAAAAGUUUGGAAUAUCAACUUCGGUUGAUCAUAUUUUUGCUGUUUCUGCAUCAAUUUCAAUA